AUGUCAAACAUAAGAGAUUUAGUUAGAAAUAAGAAUUGUGCAGAAGACUUUUUAAAGUUCAUCUCGUAUAAUGGAUACCAAUAUUUACACGAAGUUACUGCAGAACUCAGUUUGUUUGUAGAAAAUGGUUUCCUUAAAACUUUAUUUGAUAAGAGUCCACAGGCUAUGGACAAAGCUCAGCUUCUAGUAGAGACGUUUGGCGAAAGUGCCAACCCAAAUAACUUUUCUAUACAGGCGCAGUGGGAUAAAUUUGCUACCUGCGCCUAUACUCUAUAUGGUGAUAUGGGUGAUGACACAGAAUUGGAAUAUCUUUCCGCUGAUGACGAAUUGUUUACAUCUACUAGCUCUUCAAAUAUGAAAACUACACCAAAUCCAGUACUUGAAACGCCUCCAAUACUGCCCGAUGUGGAAAUGACCCCUAUCGAUCAAACUGUGACACCCAAAACUUCCCGGAAGAAAGAUAAAUAAAAGGCGCGUGUUACAGAUGAUAAACAAGUCA